UGCUAGGAUGUUGAGAAUAUUGUUACCAUAAUUAAGAAGAACGCCGUUAAAAAUGACUACGUUUCCACUCAACCACCGUCCUUACACCGAAAUGACUUCUUUGAAGAUGAUGAUGACGAAGAUAACGAUGAUGAUGAUGGUGCUGGUGGUGGCGGCGGCGGCGACGGUAACGAUAAAGAGGAUGAAGACUAUGGCGACAAUGGCGAUGAAAGUAACAUCGGCAACAAAAACGGCGUCUUGAACAGCAGUCACCGUAACAAUAUCACUAAAAGGGCUGGGCGCCAACGAAGAUCGACAAGGUCUGAAAAGCGUCGGGCGUUUUUAAUGGCCAAAGUUGAAGUCUGUAUUAUCGUUGACUACAAACUGUAUAAUAUUUUCUUAGAAAAGAACAAUUACGAUGUGGCGGUAGCAAGGACAGCGCUGGAGAAAUACUUCGCAGCACUUAUUGCAAUGGUCAAUGAAAGAUAUAAAGAAAUAAAUGAACCCCGACUAUCAAUAAAAAUAUCAUUAUCAGAUUUAUGGGUAGCUCAGAGCAUUAUGGAAGCAAGCUGGGUCGAGACACAUCGCAACUUUCUAACCAACAACGUUGUUGGUACACACGCACUCGAGUCUAUUAGCAAAUGGUUAGAGGAUCAAAAAGUGUUGCGAAAGAAAUAUGAUCACGUGAUGGUGUUUACGGGCCAUCCUUUGGUGAACGAGCGAAGUAAAACUAUCCAAGGCAUUGCCUAUGUUGGAGAGAUUUGCCAUAAAUCUAGGUCUGCAUCACUAAUGCAUGAUAUGGGGAAGUAUCAGAGUGCAGGUGUGGCAGCUCAUGAAUUAGGACAUAGCCUCGGCGCUUUCCAUGACGGUGCAGUGAAUAACACUGCUUGCCCCCCAGAGCAAAACUACAUCAUGUCACCGACAGAAUAUGGCAGCAACAAUGGAAAACUGAACUACAUGUACCUGUCUGAGUGUUCCAUCAAACAGAUUACCAAUGUACUCAGGUAAGUCAAAAGUGUUCAC